UCCGACAAUGGCUGCUCUGGCGGCAGACGAAUGAAGAGUUCGGUGUAGGUGAAUUUUAUCAUCUGGAAUCGUUUCAAUUCGGACACGCAUGAAAAUACACACGAAAUGUGAGAAUAACACCACAACCAAUGCAUCCACAAGUUAAAGAGUAAGAUGGUAGCUACACUACUUGCAUAGCCAUGCUUUUCACGUCGCCGGGCGAUGCCGAAACUCAACUGCCGCAACGUUACUAUCGCGAUUGUAGCAAUCGCAGUCCAAAUAGUACUCCUUAUAUACUUUUUUCGAAGGACAAUCUUGUUGGUCGGAGUCCUCUCUGCGAGACAUCACUUCGAUCGUCGUGCCGCAGCUCGAGAGACAUGGCUACACCUUGGCAGGACGUCGCGGGUCAAGUCGUACUUCAUCGUUGGACGGGAUGCCUGUACCGUACCGCCAAACGACAGAAUCGACCCAUACGUCUGCCAACGCUGGCAGCCGAACUUAACGCAAAUAACCGAUGAACUCGAAUUCUACGCGACGAGUGCAAAAGGCAGAGACUGUUCUCGUCCUGGACGAAUUCUUUACACAGGCUUCAGUUUCGAAGCCCACCAUCCUAUUUCAAUAUCGCGUCUUGGCGUGUUAUCUGAUAUUUUAAUCGGCAGUACUGGUGUCACAGUGGCUCUUAUCGACGCCCAUACACGGGAGGUGAUGCGGAAAACUGUUGUCAGUACAGAGCACGGCAGAGAAGAGGACGGGUAUGUAUACAGGACUGUCGACAGGGUUGUACUGAAGCGUUAUUUCGAGGGUAUCAUCAGUCUCACCGGCGAAAUUAUUACGGAAACGUGUUCAAGUGCACUGCCAUGGAACAACGGAUCACAUCUAAUCAGUUUCGAGCGAUUGUACAUCGACCACGAAGAAGCCAACAGUGUAACCUGGUACCCAGGCGCAAUAUCUGGUGUCGGUGUACGAUUCGUGGUGUCAGACUUUCUUCCUUCAUUGACCGAACACGUCUCGGAAUCGGAGAGCCGCCAAAUGCAAUGGGAUGCAAUGGUUAACGAGGAACAGUCGCAGCUCCUGGGCGAAGCUCAUAAGUACGGUGACAUCAUAUUGGUGCCGGUGGUGGACGUGUAUCGGAACCUGGCCACCAAGAUGUUGACGUUCUUUGACGUUCUGCUUCAGAAGUCCCUCGACUAUGACUUUUUUUUCAAAACAGACGACGACUGCCUCGUUCAUUUAGAGAAGGUACGAGACAUGGUACCUCGAGGACAGGGUCUAGUCUGGUGGAGCUCUUUCAGGGAAAACUGGCCCGUAGCUCGAUACGGCAAGUGGGGCGAUCACGACUACACGUCUGCUGUGUAUCCGUCCUUUGCUUGUGGAUCCGGCUACGUGCUUUCCCGGGAGAUAGUUUUGUGGUUGGCAAAGAAUAAAGACCAUCUUCACCAGUACCAAGGAGAGGAUGUAUCCAUGGGGAUCUGGUUGGCAGCUCUAAGGCCCAAAAUGAUCGACGACGACUUCAACUGGACUUGCGGCUACAGGUGUGUGGAUGGUGUUACAAACGCGCUCAACCGUGCUGAACUGAGUCCGGCGGAGGUACGGUCUAUAUGGGCGGCAUUCAAAAAGACUGGCAAGCUGUGCUGACGUGAAUGUGAUUUAAAUUAAAAGCCUUUUAUAAUUCA